CUCUGGAGCCUGCGCAGUAGGCGUCGGGGGCGCAUGCUCUGUAGCGGUCUCCGCAGCCAGGAUUGGCGCCCGCGCAGGGGCCUUCGAGCCCCGCCCGUAAAGUCCCACCCGGGUGCGCGGGCAUGGCGGCCAGCCUGUGGAUGGGCGACCUGGAACCCUAUAUGGAUGAGAACUUCAUCUCCAGAGCUUUCGCCACCAUGGGGGAGACUGUAAUGAGCGUCAAAAUUAUCCGAAACCGCCUCACCGGGAUCCCAGCUGGCUACUGCUUUGUAGAAUUCGCAGAUUUGGCCACAGCUGAGAAGUGUUUGCAUAAAAUUAAUGGGAAACCCCUUCCAGGAGCCACACCUGCGAAACGUUUUAAACUGAACUAUGCCACUUAUGGGAAACAACCAGAUAACAGCCCUGAGUAUUCCCUCUUUGUGGGGGACCUGACCCCAGACGUGGAUGAUGGCAUGCUGUAUGAAUUCUUCGUCAAAGUCUAUCCCUCCUGUCGGGGAGGCAAGGUGGUUUUGGACCAGACAGGCGUGUCUAAGGGUUAUGGUUUUGUGAAAUUCACAGAUGAACUGGAACAGAAACGGGCCCUGACGGAGUGCCAGGGAGCAGUGGGACUGGGGUCUAAACCUGUGCGGCUGAGCGUGGCAAUCCCUAAAGCGAGCCGUGUAAAGCCAGUGGAAUAUAGUCAGAUGUACAGUUACAGCUACAACCAGUAUUACCAGCAGUACCAGAACUACUAUGCUCAGUGGGGCUAUGACCAGAACACAGGCAGCUAUAGCUACAGUUACCCCCAGUAUGGCUAUACUCAGAGCACCAUGCAGACAUAUGAAGAAGUUGGAGAUGAUGCAUUGGAAGACCCCAUGCCACAGCUGGAUGUGACUGAGGCCAACAAGGAGUUCAUGGAACAGAGUGAGGAGCUGUAUGAUGCUCUGAUGGACUGUCACUGGCAGCCCCUGGACACAGUGUCUUCAGAGAUCCCUGCCAUGAUGUAGCUAGGCCAAAGGACAAGCCAGGCUGCACGACAUUAAGAUGAGAGACUCCUUUUAAAAAAUCCAGGUGCAGUGGCUCAUGCCUGUGAUCCAGCACUUUGGGAGGCAGAGGCAGGCAGAUCACGAGGUCAGGGAUUGGAGAUAAGCCUGGCCAAUUUGGUGAAACCCUGUCUCUACGAAAAAAAAAAAAGAAAAAAAUGGCUGGGCGCGGUCGCUCACACCUAUAAUCCCAGCUACGUGGGAGGUUUGAGGCAGGAGAAUUGCUUGAACCCGGGAGGCAGAGGUUGCAGUGAGCCAAGAUCACGCCACUGCACUCCAGCCUGGGCAACAGUGAGACUGUCUCCAAAAAAAAAUUGUGAAACCUUUUUGGAAAUACGAUUUGUAAGAUCUUAAUGACUGUUUCUGGAAAUUAUAAAUAUUUCUGCAUCACUGCUA